UCAAAAAAAUUAAUUGUUUGUUAAAAAUACUGUGUUUUUUGUUUGGUUUGAUUUGUAUUGAUUGCCAUAUAUUUUGUAUACAAUUAUAGCCAAAAUUUUUGUAUUUCAUAUGAUUGUUGGGCGAGACUUCGCGGCCAAGACUUAUACGGAAGUCUCGCCAUUUGAUUGAAUUGAUUGACGAGUUUUGUUCAGACAAAACAUAAAUAUAAAAUAAAACUAAAGUUAAGAUCACUUAAGACAAUGACCACAACAACAAUGAAGGACUCGUUUGAUCGCUUCGGUGAUGAUUUGUGUCAACUAUUGCUUCAAUAUCUGCCAAUCGAUGACAGACUAAGACUGGAAUCGGUGUCCAAACAGUGGUUGGCAUUGAUAUUCAAUACACAAACACAUCUCGUAUUUGAUUUGAAACUAUUGAAAACAUUAUCUUUGAUUACAAAACGUCAUUAUUAUCGGAUAAUUAAAUGGUUUGAAGUGAUUGUCUCGAAAUGUCCGAACAUUACCGCAGUUAUCAUAAGUGAUUGUACAUCCUAUCGUUCAUCACUUCCGGUUGCUGUCAAUAGGAUCAACCGUUUUAUCGAUUUAUUGAUAAAAAACUGUCACCGAUUGCGACACUUCACAAUUAAAUUUGAUUACGACUGCCUCUGGUCGGUCAUCGACAGUAUGUUUGAAAGAUUUUUCAGACAAUUUGGCCGACAAUUGUUGACAUUCAAGUUUGAAGGCUAUAACCGUGAAUACAAUAAACAAUUGAUUAACAAAGUGGUGGACAGUAUGCCUAACCUGAAGACAUUGGAGAUCAAAAAUAAUAAUAACUUUGAUGAAUAUGAAAUUACUCUCCAAUUGAAUGACAUAUUUAUUGGUAAUAAUAAUAUGUAUUAUUCGUUACCAAAAUCGUUGCAAUCAUUGAAUAUAUCACUGAAUGAGUCGUCGAUGCCUUUGUUCGCUAAAUUUGCCAAAAUUUUCGGCAAACAAUUGACAUCAUUGACGAUAAUGUUUUAUGAAUACUACUAUAACUAUGAUUAUCCCAAUUGGGAGAAAUGUGAUCUGAAACCAUUAUUGGCUGGUUUUCAACAAAUGCCGCGAUUAAAACAAUUCAAGUUUUAUUUGAUUAUUGAAUUUGACACCAAUUUUAUGGUCGAUUUAUUUUCGACAAUUGGCCGCAACUGUCGACAACUUAAAUCAUUAUACUAUGAGUCAUAUAAAUCAACUACAGUAACAAUUUAUCGCAUGUUUACCGCAAUCAACAAACAUAUGUCCAAACAAUUGAGACGAUUAUCACUAAAAUUUUUAAACCCUUAUAAUGAAGAAGAAGAAGAAAUCAAUUUGGUUAUGACUAGCGAUUUGUUUAAUCAAUUGAAGGGAUUAAUACAUUUGGAACUUGAAUUAUAUAAUUGGUUAUUAAUUGGUGAUCCGUUUUUUCAUGACAUUCAUCUUAAUCUUCCUCGACUACAGUCUAUACAUUGUAACGGUGUGUCCAUUACUGAUGAAUCGAUCCAAUCUAUUGGACAGUUGGCACACCUAAUGGAUGUCUAUCUUCGAUGCAAUCAAAACAAACAGACGAGUGAAUCAUUUAUUUCCAAACAUUUACUGAUCGGUACUAAAAUUUGA